GGCAGUGAUCGAGAUCGUUCCGUAUUUGUCGCGUCUUUUGCUCGUCGACAGCGAAUUUCGCGUGCGAAUUAAUAUCGGAAGUGCCGAGGCGAGUGACGGACGAUCGUCGGUGCGUAUCACAAGUGCGUCUAUUCGUGAUUCGCCUCGUCUCUCGAUUAAUGUAACCGUCCUUUGCGUCGGGCUUGCGUCCGUUGAAAUAAUGGCGUCGCCAUUGUGGACUUGUGUCGAGCCAGCAAUCGUCCGACGAUUAUGGCGACGUAUUAAUAAAGCCGUGUGUUAGACUCGCGCUUAUGGUAUUUUGUUAAUCACGGUAUAUAUAUAUACACCGUGUUUAUUAGCGUCGCGUUAUCCGUUGCAUCGGUUUAACGAGUAUCGAGAGUCUAAAAAAAUUCCGGCAAUAUCAAGUGCGUGAAGAUAGCUGGAGCAUCGGGAGUGUGAAAAUAGCGGGAGCAUCGGGAGUGUCGAGAGUAUCGGGUGCGUCAAAUAUAUUGGCGGACAUAUUCGUCGUUAUUUAUAUGUCCGAUCGGGAGUGUCGAAUAAGUGCGAAUAACAGACGAUCAUAAUUACCGGCUUAAUUAGUCCGACCCGCGAUUGUAAUAGAGUGUAAUAUUCGAAUCGUACUUACGUGACUGAUUGAGGAAAGUGAAAAAGUGUUCCAAAGGAAUAAAAAAGCAGAAUGCGACAACAGGAACAGCAGGAGGGACACAUCGUAUUCGUUGCAAAGGGAUAAGAAGCAGAAUGCAAGGAUAAAAACGGCAAGAGCAACACUGAAUACGAAGAAGCUCGAAGUAUUGUCGAACAUAUGCUGGUGAAGCUAUUGACGUCUAUCCUCGUAGUUCAUUAUGGAUGGAAAUACCUGAUGGAAAAAAGGAGAGGGGAAGAGAAGAGGGAGAAAAAUCCCGUCAAUGUGUUCUCGUCGACGACACACUCUGUUUAUGCCAUUCAAAUGAGAAGCAGUGCUGACACGACGUGCGCGCGCGACUGCGUUGGCAGGCCUGGAAUCGCAGCGAGUAAAAAAUUGAUGAGCUGUGAACACAUAACACAUCGCAUAUAUCCGCAGUGCGCGUUGUGCACGUCGUGCAGGUGCAGCGAGCGAACAACACGCGUGCGGACACGUUUAUACGCAAACACUGGCGGAGAGUAUCACGAUUGUUGUCGUUGUCGACGAGCGAGAGCCUAGCAAUUGUUGGCCUAGCCCGGGACUCGUAGUCGCGGAGAUGAUCGUCGCUCGUGAGGAUCAUCGCGACGGGACGAGCGCGACGACGAGCCGGAAGCUCAUCGCGGCGGGAAUGUGAGCGAGGAAACGCGCUUCGCGAGAGCGUCGCGUCCGCGCGUCGUCGACCUGGCCCAGUUGGAGAGGAAGAGACGCGGACACGGACGUCGCGUGGUCGUUGCUUUAUAUGCUGUACGCUCUACACGUUCGCGGGAAGCGGCGGAUUCGUAGCGGCGAUGGCGGAUUUCGACGCGAUCUACGAGGAGGAGGAGGAGGAGAACGAGCAUAAUUUGGAGGAGCACUACGUCGCGAUGGUGCCGGAUCCGAUCGUGAUUCGCGGGGCUGGCAAUAUGACGGUAUUCGGUCUCAGUAAUCGUUUUGAAUCGGAGUUUCCUAAUGGCCUCAUAUCCCGGGUAGCACCAGAAGAAUUUAAGGCAACCGUUAUGAGAAUAAAUAGUGUACUGAAAAAGACUUUACCUGUUAAUGUUAAGUGGUUAUUCUGUGGUUGUGUAUGCUGCUGCUGUACCCUAGGAUGUUCUCUGUGGCCUGUUAUUUGUUUGAGUAAAAGGACUCAACACUCAUUAAACAAAUUGUUAGAAUGGGAAAACAGUAGACUUUACCAUAAACUCGGAUUACAUUGGAGAUUGGCAAAACAGAGAUGCGAUAGCUCUUCUAUGAUGGAAUAUGUUCUUCUAAUUGAAUUUAUUCCAAAGAUUCCAAUCUAUAAGCCCGACUAAGUAUAUAAACAAUAUAAAGUACAUUUAAAUUGUGCAAUUAAUAAUGCAUCAAUAUAAAUCUUGUGCAAUGCAACACUUACAUGCAGAGAAAUGCAGAGCAGAUAAAGUGCCGCUACAAUGAUACAGGUACUCUUUCUGGUACUUAUCUAAUGCAUAUUUUUGUAAAUACCAUGGGUAGAAAUGCACAGUACAAUAAUUCGACAUAAUAACGAAUUGAUGAAAUUUAAAUUAUCAAAAGAAAAAGAGACAGCUAUUUAGAAAAAUCUGGUUAUUAUUUAUUUUAUAUUCUUUAUAUCAGUUUUAAAUUUUGUAAAUUAAAUCGCCAUCUUAGUUUCUCAUCAUUUUCUCUAUUCUUACUAAAUAUGUUUCGCACUGAAAACACCGCUCGAUAAUUUAUUUGUCACUUUUUUUUUUAAUUGCGUGAACGUAAUAAUCUCAGAUAAUGCUUACUGAGUUCCUUGUAAUAUACAGAAAUCUGUACUCGUCAACUAGAAUUUAAGCAUUCAGGUGAGAAAUUAAUCUGAUUCAGUACAACGAACAUAUUAAAAUACAGAUAAUAAAGUGAAAAUGAAAAAAUCUCGCUAAUAAAUCUGUCUAAUUGUGCGUAAUACAACACAUGCACGUUGUACAUACAUACAUGUACAUAUAUAGAAACUUAUUUUAACUAUAAGUUAAUUUCUUACCAUGGUGAUAUUAGAAAGUAUGAUAUGUAAAGCACAGCUUUACUUUCUGAUACAAAUUUGACAAGAUAUUUUAACAUGAACGAAACAUCUGAAGUGAGAAAACGCGCGUUGUUAUAUGCAAUUAAGAUAAUUAAUGUAGAUUUCAGAAAAUGUAGAUAGCAAACUCGUUGAUAAAAAUAUAAAAUAUCGACAAAAUAUAAAAUGACGAUAAAAAAAAAUUUAGUUGGGAAACACAGCAAUCUAAUAAUAGGGUAAACAGUACAACUAUCAAAUAAUACAAUUAUAGUUAUACUGAAGGACGUAGGAAAUAUCGUAGGAAAGAUUACCUUGAAGCUUAUUUGCUCUUGUUUCAUGAUAAAAAAAGCCAACGUUAUAUCGUCGUGAUUUUUGUCCGUAUGAUUUUAGGUCAAUAGUAAAACUUGCUGCAGGGACAUUUCUGUCACAUAUAUUCUUUUUUGAAGUUAAUGUUUAAAUUAUAUAUCUUAAGAAAAGUGAGAAAAUUGUUGUCAUCAAUAAAUUUUAAUUUUGUAAGUAAUAAUAUAUCUCAAUUUAUUUGUAAAUGACACUGCUAUCGUAGUACUGUUUACCCUAUUAUUGUUAAUGAUAUACUAUUACCUGUAUAAAACAGGAUAGAAUAUCAGGAUAGCAUAUCAGGAUGACAUCUCCCAUGUAAAGCAUCAAGGAACUUGGUUGUGUAGGCACUAUUUUAUAUUACAACUUAAUAUGGUUCCGCACAGAUAUUUCUCCAUUAACAACUUAUUUAACACGUAAUAAUGCAGCUGUUAUCAGCUCUAUGUUGGAUUCACGCUAACCAAAUAAAAUUAAACUAAAACGAGUAAAAUUACUCAUCACCAGGCGCCUGCAAAAGGAAAAAAGGUUGUAGGAAAGUAUGCAAAUGCAUGUAAAAAUACUACAAAAUGUUUCUGUUACUGUUCAGUGGCUGUGAUUGAGAACAAAAGACUAGUUUUGAAUUCAAAUGUGUAUUGCAAACAAUUACACAUAACGCCCGUGCUUUAUCUCAUGAAGUUCUCUACAUUAAAGCCUUUUACAGAAUACCCAGAUUUACUCUGUUUCUCUAAUAUUUGUACUUAUUCUAUAGAGUAAUUAAGACAAAGUAAAAAGCGUUGCAUUAGUAGAGGCGUCCGUGUCAUGUAGAUUAAUAAGAAUGAUAUAUUGCCAUAUCUGAUUUCAAUCACAAAUCGUAGGACAUAAUCCAUUUAUCAUUAGUAUCUUGAAAAAUGAAGCAAAUAGAAUUAUUUAUACAGAUUUCUCAUCACACUCAAUGGAGAUAAUGUGGAACGAUUAUACUCUCUAUGAUCUGUUGAAUAGUUAAUGAUACAUCAAAUAAUAAGAUCGUUAUAAAUCGUGAUCUCAUAAAAAUCACGUUAUUAUAUUUUCGAGCGGGUGUACGAUCGAAUUGUUACGCAAAUAUUAUUUUUCCGAUAACUCUACAAAGCGAGUAAAGUAUCAGUAUUUCUAUAUGUAAUGUCCCUCUAAUCGAUGAUUUAUCGAACAAACAUUCAAUUAUAUAUAUAUAUAUAUAUAUACAUAUAGAGACCGAGAUGUACUGUGUAAUAUGGAACCGUACAUAUGUGCUUUUUAAACUGGCUAUCAGAAUUCUCUUGAUAGUAUGUAAUAAAAAUAAGGCUGUGUUGCAAAAUUGGGCAAAGAGAGAGACAGAGUAUGGUUCUAAACCACGUUUAAAAACAAUUCUCACAUAUUUUUUAGGAAUAAACAUUACUUAACUCUUACUGACAAAUAGAAGUAAACUUUAUUCUCUGUUGCUCGCGUUUCUAUUUAAAUAUCAAAUACGGUCUAAUUAUGUUUUCUUGAAAUACAUAUACCAAGUAUCAGGAGAAUAUAAGUAAUGCAAUUGCACUUAGCUUAUUAAUUUAUUAAUUUUUUAGUAUAUGAUUAUGGGCAAUAUAUACUAAAAAAUUAAUUAAGUCUUUACAUGACUUACAUGUACAUGGUGUCUAUAUGAAAAUUUAUAUAAUCUUUUCCUCACAUAGAUUAUAAACUAUGUAAACUUUGUAAACAAAACAAACUAUUGUUUCUCAUUAGUGUUUCAUCUUUCCAUAUAAAUUAAUAAUUAAAUACAGCAAUGCAAAUGAUCUUCAACCUAAAUAAAAUAACAGCAUUGUAAUGUCAAGAAAAUAUAAAAAUUAUGUGUUUUGAGGAAAGGUCUUAUUUUGAAAACAAAAAGAAAAGCGAAUUAUAAGCAUAAACUUCGUAAAUUAUCUAUGUAAAUAACACACAUGACGACACAUAGUUUACAUAGUUUAAAUGUAAAUAUUGGUUAUCGAUGUUUAUGCGUAGCUUAUCAGACAAUUAGUUUGGUAACAAUUUACUAGUUCAUUCACUUUAGAAACUAUGCAUUUUAAACAAAUAUACUUAUGUAAUUUGAAACUAUUUUUCAACUCAUAUUGUUUUAUAGAGCUCAGCUAAUAUUGUAUGUAUAUGUUGGAUGUGUGAAUGAAAAGAAAUAUCAAAGCAUCACUCGAAAAAAAGAUUCUUCCAUUUGUUCAUAUCAUUCAAUAAGCUACAUAUAAAUAUAUAAACAGAUAUUUAUAUUGAACUAUAAAAACAGAUGUUAUAUCGCAUGGAAACCAAUUAUCCGGAAUUGGUUUACAUUUCAGAUCUGUUUCGUUUAUUAUUACUUAAGAGAUCGAAUAUUAUCCGAAAGAUUGGAAAUAUUUUUUCUUAGGGCAGGAGUUGGAUUUUUUAAAUGAAAAUAUCGGUGUUACGUGACAAGAUGUAGGAGUGUAAUAAUAACUAUGUAAAUAAGAUAUGAUGGAUCUGUGGGAUGUAUAGCAUGGCAAGAUUUAUAGAUCGAUGAUUAAAUUGCAGAAUAUUGGAGGAAGAGAAUAUAUUUUUGAUAGAUACAAGAGAAAUGUGGAAAGCGCAAUGAAUAAGGAUUAUCGACAAAAAUUUGAAGAGAAUUUACGAUUUGGUAUUGAAUAUAGUAAAAUUACGUUUCAGAUUGAAUAUUUUUUGUGCAAAUUAAAUAUAUCGCAUUGAAAGAUAUCAUUAACAGCAGAUUAGAACGAAUAAAACAAUUGUAGAACAUCGCAUAUCAUAUACAUGCAUUACAUGCACUAUAGUUUAGUUAUAUUAGAUUUGUAACUUGCCAAGGCAUUUAUUUAUAUCACAUUUUAAAGCCAAUAUAGAGGAGAAUUGUAGUUGUAAGAUAUUCUUAGCGCAAGAAUGGCUAAGUAGCAAAAUUAUUGUCAAGCUAUCGUGGUUUCAACAUGUGCCUUUCACUUGUAAAUUUGUGUGAAUCAUAAAUGUAAAUAUUAUAUGUUAAUAAGACAUGUUAAGAAAUAUAUUUGUAUAGAAUGAGAGUGGUUCCUCUAUAUAUAUAUUGCGCAUAAAUAAAAUAACAAUAUCCGCAAACUCGUAAAGCCAUUGCAUAAGAUUACAUGACGAAUCGAAAUAGCAUAUCAUCAAUUUGCGACGGAUAGAAAUUGUCCUUUUAGAGGAUUAUAAUGUUCAUUGAUGCGACAAUGUGAGAUACGAGAAAUGUACAUAAAUAUAUUAUUAAAGGCAAGCUUUUAAUUUUGACAAUUGAUAUAAUAUGUAAUUUAUUAUACAACAACUAAUUUUCUGCUAUGAUUAUAUAUUUCUCGUAUGCCUUUUGUUAACCAUGUAAAUUUGUGUAUUAUGUUAACUGUGUUUUUCCGGUUUGAAAAUAAAGUUUGAAAACAAUUAUUAUAA